ACUGUCUCGUCUGACUGAGAGUCUACUAUUUAUUUGGAUACAAUUAGAGUGUUACUAUGCUCCAGCUGGCGCACGCAAGGAUUAACCUUGGUCGAGGUAGGGUGUAGGCACUAAAUUCAUAAUAAAGUAACGGGAUUUUACCGCAUUUUAAAUCGCAUGUUACCUCUGCUGAUUUUGCAUCAUUUCCCUCCGCCUUCUUUCAAUCCGAUUGCUUAGCCGGCCUAUUUCCUUCGAAGAAAUCCUUUGUGGGCUGCUCACUAGCCCACGUGACUGAAACCCCCUUGCGCUGCACGAUAUAUCGUGCUCAGGUAAAACCCAGUGUUUCCAACACAGAUGAAUUAAUGUAAACCUGCCAUGUUUUACCUCUUCUCCCAAUACAUGCACAAGCUAAGCUGUUUAUUUAUUUCUGCAAGCAAAUCAGAAAACAACUUUUAAGUCGAACUAUUGGGGCAAAUUUAGAUGAACGCCGAAAAUAGGCAAUGCAAAAAUUUGCUAGGACCAAUAUUUACACAAAUCGGAAUUUCGUUCAAACAGCCUAAAACGCGGAAAGUCAAUUGAAAAGGCCUGAUUGCAGUUCAUUAUAUUACUACUAUUAGGCUCCACGCUCAUUAACAUCCCCAUAAAGUCAGUCAGUGACACAUGAACCACUCUAAGCAAGUGCUGACAAUCCACUCGGAAGUGGCCACAGUCUUUGCUGCACAUCCUUGCUGACGAGGCGAAGUUAGUAGCCUAACCUACCAGCAGCAGGUGCAAUUACAGACAAUGGGAGAUCAAGGUCUCCGAAGAGAUAAAAAUGUUUAUUUUUUUCUCCUUAGGUCUUUUCUUCUGCAACGCACCGACUUCAGCUUACAUCUUAACUGGGUCAUUUCCCAUGCCUUUGUGGUAUUUGAAAGAUGCCCAAUCUCGUUGGGUCGACAGAAUCACCCCAUCCCUUGUUACCAUGGAAAGCGUGGUAAGAACCUCCUCCUUGCUGCGUCACUGAAGUAAAUCGCCAGUUUCAGUGCGAAGCGGGGAACGUAGGGGUAACUUGCGGUCAAAACUCCAGCCAGUAGUAGGCUACUUACAGACUUUACCAGUCUUAUUACUUCACUGUGUACUCCACUGACAAUAUUCAAUCCCAGUGUCAUCUUAAAAUCAUAAAAGGCAGGGGUGGGCCUUGUUUAAAAUUGUGUGACCCAAUUCAAUUGCCAGGUUGAUUGGCAUUCCCCUGUCAUCUGCAAGCAAUAUAGCCUACCUUUACUGCUGCAUAUUGAAUGUUCAUUGUUUAAAAGUGGCGAAAGAAUUGAAAGCGUUAAUAUUUUUUACAAUGCAUUCCUUCACAGACGCACAGACAUUCACAAAUCUGUGUUUGGAUGCUUCGGUGUCGAAUGCCGACACUUGUCCAUCCAGGAAAGGGUUAAUUAAAUGUCAGACCACUCCCAUUAUCGACCGUCAACUUUAUUAAUACUCGCCCUGUUAACCGCUCCCAAUAAGUCGGCAGCAAGCAGAGGUAGGCAGGCUACGGUGCUGUCUUGGAGCUGGUGGUGCUGAAAUUGCAGCCUGCAGCGAUGUGGUCGGUAUUUUUCGUGUUCCUGUCUUACUUAGACGGGGAAUUCGUUAAGGCAGAUUUUCUAAGCAAUUCCCUGGAGGCAGAGAAGGAGAGUAAAGAAUUCUUUUACUUGCUCAACAAUACCCUGUGCGCCAAAAGGUCAAAUGUCGGCGAGUACCAUCUGCUUCAAGUGUCGGACGGAAUUGAGGAGGUCCGUUCCGUUCACGAUGCCACCGGUAAACUAGUCGACUGCGCCUUAGCAACAGACCAAAUGCAACUGAAAUCUUUUAUGUAUGUGUGCAAACUGGGACUGAGAGGUCAGGUCACUAUUCCCACUGCUUUGAAUCCUAGUUUUACGAACAUCACUGAGGUGAAGUUAAAGUGCCUUCAGUUGAAAUCCAAGCGCUCCACAAGCACAAGUGAACUGCCAUCAAAUGAAGCGCGUGAGAAAGAAAAAGUUCCGGGGAAAGAAACUUCAAUUCUGCGCAGAUCCAAGCGCGGCUUUACCUACCCUGGAACUUUGUGGUGUGGAGCCGGUAAUAAUGCUGAUCAUUAUGACCAACUUGGGGAAUUCGCUGAGACCGACAAAUGUUGCCGCGUGCAUGACUACUGUCCCCACGUCAUUCAUGCCUUCUCCACCAAUUACGGCUACACCAACUUCAAAUGGGUUUCAAUUAGCCACUGCGACUGCGAUAACGCAAUGAAAGCAUGCCUCCGGAAUGUGAAUGACACUUCCUCCAGGAUUGUUGGACAGGCUUUCUUCAAUGUCAUGGAGGUGCCCUGCUUUGAGUUCUCCUAUGAGGAACAGUGUGUUGAAAGACACUGGUAUGGAGUGUGUAAACAGUACGACAAGGUGCCAGUGGCUGUGAUGAAAGAGUCCAUAGCUUAUGAUUUUGGCGGCAUUGAUGUAAUUGAUGAGCUACCCUUACCGCCUCUUCAAAAGGCAGCCUCUCCAGAGCCUGGCUCAGAGCCAGGGGAGACUACAGAGGGUGCCAGCACUGCACAGUCUACCGCCUCUGCCUCGCAGACCACAACCCCAGAGGCGCCCUCGCUCACGAAUGUGGUGAACGCUGCCGAGGACUUCAUCAAGGUGCUCGCCACCGUGUCUACAUCGCAGGGCUCCUCGCCAGACACAGCCAAGGAGGAGACACAGAGCUCUGAGAAGAAACGGAAGAAGAAUGCCGGCGGGAAAAAAAGAAAAAACAAAAAGAGGAGAGGGAAGGGCAAAGGCAGGAAGAGAAAACAGAGUGUGGAGACAGUGGUUAAAACAGACGAGGGUGCCGUAGGCGCUCCUUCUUGCCACAUUGCGGAAGAGGUCACGAGCAGGACCAACGUCAUCGAAGACCCGGCAAGAAAAACACAGGCAGAGGCAAACGUGGACAACUUCAUGGGGAGCGAGGUGGACCAGGAUGCAAAAGAGGAGCUGUCGAACAGCAUGAUGAGGGACGACCCUCAGAGGUCAGCCGGUGUAGCCUCAUCAAGCAUGCCUGUGGAUUCAACAAAACAAGAGUCGCAGAAGGACAAGGACAGAAAGGAGAGCGUGCUUUCCCCCACACCAUCUCCCACUCCCACUGUAACCAUAAGCAUUAUCAAAACCAAGACCCGCAGAGAAAGAGUCAGGCAGGGGCAAAAUAGGCAGAGACAUAUCCUGCGAGCCAUUACAUCCUCCAACACCCCCAAACUUCCUGAGAGCACAGUAGAAAACCGGUCAAUCACAACGUUUGUCAGAGAUGGCAGUGAUGGCACCAUGGCUGAAAGCGGGCGAGCUGAGGCUGCAGGACAGCCGAGUUCAAGCACCCUGGGAAAUGCAAGCGAAAAGGGACCCGUUGCCACGACAGCAGGGGAUGACUGGGGAGCUGGGAGGUGGGACAUCACGACCAGCACCAUCACCACAUCAGUGAGGCUCUAA